CGAGAUACGUAUUACCGUUGUGCUCCCCAGAUGAAAGUUUAAGGUCCACUCCAGCCAAUGGAAUAGGCAUGAGCAGUUUAAAGAGUUACGUACCUUCACUAUAGUAUUAGUCGUGGUCCUGAUGAGUACGGGAAGUUACAGUUAUGCUUCUCAUUACGUUAUAGGAAGGCUAAGGUCAACAGCAUAUGAAUUCAAUAUUCUUCACAUGGAACUAAACAAACCUGUCCCCUCAAUCUUCACUCCCUCCCAAUAUCCAACCACUACAACUUGCAUCAACAUCAUAUUCCUUGAGAAGAUCACUUUGACAGGAAUUGGCUCCACCCCAAGCUUGUUCGUUGUAUCAACCUGUUAUUCUUUUUGAGCUUUCCCUACUUCUCUGUUUAAUAUCAUCACUGCUAGUGAAGAUGCGUUUUGAGGACUGGGAUGUCUUAUUAUUCCCCAGGGAUUCCAAGGUCCCAUUGAAAGAGUUCAGGACUAACUGUCACGUUGUUCAUGAUAAUGAGUUUGCCUUCACUCAUGGAUCUUACGGCCUGCCGACUAUGACUUGUUUUAUGCCAGGAUUAUCCCCAGGUACUCCGUUCAACAUCUCGCUUCACUCCUGGAAGACACCCGAUAUCAGUCAAUUCACUAGAAACUACAGCAAGCAUACCGAAUUAGUCAAGUUCGAGGCACGGGUCUUGAUUGAUGGCCGUUUGGUUGCUUCAUCCUCAUUUAACCGAGCCGGACCAUGGCCUCAGCUAAUCAACCAUAGCUUCGAGUUCACCAAGAACGGAGAUCUCGAGACGCUUAGGUUCCCUCAGUUUCGUAGCGAAGUGCUGCGGCAAAGCUACUGGAGCCCCGCGGAUGAAAUCGGACGGAUCAGAAUCGUCAUCAGCGAAGGCUUUCCGAGGGAUUCGUUGACAGUUCCCAUCGAACGAGUCAAGAAUAUCGUUGCAUUCUCAUUCCAACAUGCACCACUUGAUAUUCUCGAGUCUUCUGCGAUUGCUUGGCCAAACCCUAGCAUGUGGCGCCGUACUCCGUUCAAUCCUACGAUGCCUGUUCCGGCACGGCACCACGAAGAUGGUCCGGAUGCCCACCUCCACUCCCCUCGUCGUCGAGCAACGAGCUAUAUGAAAAACUCAUCCUGUUCGUCCACGUACAAUACGUGUCCUCCGGGUUUCACACAGGAAAACUUGCUUGGCUCUAUGCCAAAUACCGAGGCACUGUUGCAGCGCAACGGGGCUGGGGCCAGCUCGAACUGGGCAGACCCCUUUAGUUCGCAGAAGUCCGAAACAACUGCUUGCUUUGACUGGUCGAACACCAACUUCGGACCCAUCGGAUAUAAUCAGAGUACUGACAGUAACAAGUCUAGUUACAACUCUGUUGCCAGCCGCAGAGCCAGGGGUGCGAUCAAAGGGUCACGCUCCGAUAUUAGCAUGUCUGAUUACGGUUUGGGUGAUCCCAGCAAUACCACCCAAGGCCUGGCAGAUAAUCAGUUCAUACAUCUGUCGGCGACCCAUCUAGGAGAUAUAGAUUCCAGCGCCCAUGAUCCUAAAGCACCGACUAACACGCCAACGACGAUGGCUGGGUCGAACUUCAUUGACGACCUCAAUCUUGAAGCGAGUAAAAUUGGUACGCCCGGAAGCACGUCAAUGAACGAGUUCUUCAAUUCGAGCAACGCAAAUUUCUCUUCCGAGCUCGCUACAUCUCUUACGCACUCGUUGCUAAACCAACCACAUCCGCUUCCAGUUCAGGCCGGAAGCAUUGCCCCACCAGCCCCUGAAGUUAAGUCGCGUAAAGAAAAUCGCCUUCAAGAUUCUCCAAGUGAAGAUGCACCAGUCAUCAGCCACGUCGACAUGCGCAAGGUGUCGCAAUCGUCAUUUAGUAACCUUUGCAAGGACAGUCGAGACACCAGUACGACCAAUUCACCUCCUAGCCAGGGCGCUUUCUCGGGGGUUUUCUCUCGUCGAUCUACUUCGGCCGGAGACUUUGGUAGUGACCUUACUAAUGUUGCCAACGUCUUCACGGCAUCGAAUGUGGACUCACAUACGGUUAGUGACGCAAACCCAGAUAUAUGUCUGAUACGGCCUGAGAAGGGUAUCAAACGCAGUCGCCAUUUCACGCCUGGUAGUGGAAGAGUGAUUGACGAUGAUAUUGACAUACUAAGCAACAGCCCUCGGGUUCCAGUGGAGCUUGAUGACGCCUUUGCCGAGCAGAUCUAACCAAUGCGACAAAAUGUCGCAGAGUAGUAAACUCUAAUAGUAGCUUAUUUACUCUUUGCGGGAUCAUUGAAUAUUCAUCGGAUUAUUGGACGUAUCGGAAUGGAGGGCUAUGUGGCAUCCCUUUUAUAGAUUAGUAUCGGAACGGGUAUAUCAACCUCUCAUUCGGAAAGAGCACGUCGCCGGCUUCCUGCGUCUGAGACGUAAUCCAGGGUGUGGUUUGUCAUACUAACAGCAUCCUGCUAUUGGUUUGCGGAAU